AUGUAUUACAUUGGAAUUUUUUUGUUAAUAAUAAAGUAUUCAUCAUUAGUGGCUUCUGAAAAAAUUCAUAUUAAUACAACGCCUAGUACAGCAAUCGAUAUAUAUUCAAGGUCAAGUAAUUGGAAAAAUUUUCUUGUAAAAGAUUCACUUAUAAAAUGGUAUUCAAACAGCCUUCAAAUAAUAAAUAAAAAAGCCAAUGCUAUUUUAUCUGAUGCAUUCGACAGCAUAUCAUCUCCAUCGAUUGAAACACUUCAACUAGAUUUGGCUGAUGGACGACUGUAUAUUGAUUCGAGCUGUCUUUUAAAUUUUCAAAAUCUAAAAAAUUUAGAAAUUAAUUCAGCAUCAGUCUUACUUAAUCCAUAUAGUUUUUAUGGGCUUAAAAAUUUAACGUAUCUCAAAAUAAAGCUGGACAAUGAAACAGCACGACACAUAGAUAAAAUAUUAUAUCAACAAUUGCAUUUAAAUAAAUUGGAACUUGUAGAUAAUCAUGAUUCAAAUAUUUGUUAUUCAACAAAAGAAAAUAAGACUAUUAAUCUAUUACAACUUCAUUAUACAGGUGGUUUGUUUAAAACACUGCCUCAUAAUUCAUUUGUGUGUUUUGCAAAUCUUCGGAGUAUAACAAUCACUGGAAGUGAACUGAUGCUUCUUGAACCUGGUGCAUUUAAUGGUUUAAAAAAAUUGGAAACCAUCUCACUAAUAUCGAAUGAUAAACUCACUCAUGUACCUUCAAAUGUAUUCAAUGUUCAAAGUUUAGAAAUAAUAAAUUUGAGUAACAAUUCAAUAAGUACAAUCGAUAAUGAAGCAUUGAAAAUUGAUAAUAGUAAAUUAUCAUUAGUCAAUUUGAGCCACAAUUCAUUGGAAAUAAUUGAACAAGGAUCAUUUCGAAAUAUUAAAUGUCAUUUUAUUGAUUUAACACAAAGUGGAAUAAUUGGUAUUGUUGAUGGUGCAUUUAAUACCUCACGUAUAAAUAUCAUUGAUCUAAUGAAAAAUAAAAUUCUAAAAUUUAAUUCAUUUAAAUGGGGAAUUAAUUAUACUAUUACAUUGGCUUUACUCGAUAUUAUAACAUUCGAUAUUGCAACGAGCUCGAGCCACAAUGAUAACAAAAUUUUUAGAGACGACGAGGCAUCAUCAAUUGACAAUUAUGCAUUUAAAGAUUUGAAAAUUUUAACUUUGCAGAUGAGCUCUGCCGCAGACAAAUUUACUAUUAGUAAUAAUUCUUUUGCAGGAUUGCCGAGUCUUAAAGUUCUCGAAAUUAAAACAAAGCCAAUUCAAUUAAAAACACCUGUUUUUUAUAAUUUACAAUCAUUGAUAGCUCUCGAGAUACCAAUGAUUGAACCUCAAGAAUUUCAAUGUCAAUCAUUUUCAAAUCUUCAAAGUUUAGAGGAGCUGAUACUUGUGAAUUAUAAUACAGUUAACAUUUGUUAUGGUCUAUGUUAUACUAUCGAUUUUGGUAUUAAAAGUCUUGAAUACAAAAAUAGUACUUUUACAAAGUUCGGAUCAAUGAAAUUAUCAUGCUUGAAAAAAUUAGAACAUCUUGCUAUAACCAAUGUUUUAAAUAAUAACACCAAUGCUUGGAUCGUUGGUGAAUUUAAUAUGCAAACUGAUUGUUUUGAUGAAAAACCAUUUACAAUUUGUAAAAAAUUUAAUACUUUAACAUCGGUGAACCUUAUGAAAACUGAAUAUGACUAUAUAAAUUUUAAGCUUGCUCUCAAGCUUAAUGUUAUUUUGGAAAACCAUGUAUUUACAAUUUAUCCAGAAUCAUUUGAGGGCUUAAAAAAUCUAGAAAAUUUGGAAUUAAAUGUUGGAGCAAUCGUGCUGAAAGCUAAUUUAUUUAAUAAAUUACCAUCUUUAAAAUAUCUUAAAAUUGAAGUUGAUGAAACUUUACUAUAUCUCAGUCAAGUAUUGGGGAGUUUAAAAAAUUUAAAAACCUUGGAAAUUGUUGGAAAUGAUACUAUUGGUAUUUGUCAAAAUGCAUUUUCAUAUAAAAUACCACAUUCGUUGACUGACGUUCGUUAUACAAAUGGUAUGAUUAAAAACUUACAAGCAAAUUCAAUGACAUGUAUGCCACAACUUGAAAAACUUAUUAUAACAAAUACACAAUUAAUGACUAUUCAAGCUGAAAGUUAUUUUCUUUGUCAUUCAAAUGAAUCACAUAUAUUAUUAUAA